AUGAUCAAGUUCGCGGGUUCGCUAGCCAAGGAGACCGUGGUGGAUAUCAAAGGGUUGAUUGUCAAGGCCGAGGUCAAGUCCUGCACCCAAACUGACUGCGAGCUCUCCGUGCAGCGACUGUACGUCGUUGCCAAGGCCGAGGUUGGAUUGCCUCUUCAGAUAGAUGAUGCCAGCAGGUCUGAGGCAGAAAUCGCUGAGUCAGAGCGCAAGUUGGCGGCUGGGGAGGUCGAUGGUGCCUACGUUCGUGUUGGUACCGACACAAGGUUGGAUAACAGAGUAAUCGACAUGCGCGUCCCUGCUCAGAACGCAAUUUUCCGCAUCAGCUCUGCAGUUUGCCAUUACUUCCGCACAGCGCUGUUGGAGAAGGGCUUCGUGGAGAUCCACACUCCUAAGAUCAUCGCUGGGGCUUCAGAGGGAGGUGCUGAAGUGUUCCGCCUCAAGUACAUGGAGAACACAAGGUUUGAGCAGCCUGGAUGCCUGGCACAGUCACCUCAGCUGUACAAACAAAUGUGUAUCAUGGGAGACCUGGAGAGAGUGUUCGAAGUCGGCCCUGUUUUCCGCGCCGAGAACAGCCACACCGGUCGCCACUUGACUGAGUUCACGGGGCUCGAUUUCGAGAUGGAGAUCAAGGAGUCGUACAGGGAGGCUCUUGAAGUGACGGAUGAAUUCAUGGUGAAGAUCUUCGAAGGUAUCAAGAAGAAUUUCCAGCAUGAACUCAAGAUCAUCAGCCAGCAGUAUCCCUUCGAGCCCAUGUCUUACAACGUCGGACCUAACCUCAGGCUCAUGUACCCCGAAGGCAUUGCCAUGCUGCGUGAGGCAGGUGUGAAGAACGAGGAUGGCUCAGAGCUGUCGGACUUCCAGGACAUCAGUACAGUGCAGGAGCGCAAGCUUGGAGAGAUGGUGAAGAACAAGUAUGGCACAGACUUUUACGUACUCGAAAAGUUCCCCAUGGAAGUUCGUCCCUUCUACACGAUGCCGUGCAAGGAUGAUCCGAGAUACAGCAACUCCUACGAUGUCUUCAUGCGUGGUCAAGAGAUCAUGUCUGGUGCGCAACGCGUGCACGACGUUGAACUACUCGUCGAGCAGUGCAAGGCCAAGGGAGUGGACCCUGUUCAGCACUACGUGGAUGCCUUCCGCUUUGGAGCCUUUCCGCAUGCAGGAGGAGGGAUUGGCUUGGAGAGAGUUGUCAUGCUUUACCUCGGACUGGACAACGUGAGGAAAACUUCGCUGUUCCCCCGUGACCCCACACGUCUCACGCCUUAA